GGAUUUCUCCUUUUCAACUUCUAGCAUUGGCAUGAGUGAAUGUUCAGUUGGGCCGGCAUUUCCGAUGUGGCUUCGUACUCAGAAAUCUCUACAAUCGCUAGGUUUGGCUUAUGCUGGUAUCUCUGACACAAUGCCACACUGGUUUUGGAGUUUGACUCCCCAGCUCUACGAGCUGGAUCUUGCUCUCAAUGCGAUCAGAGGCAAUGUUCCAAGCGCAUUGCAGUUCACCAGCCCGAAGUACCUACUUCCCUUUAGGGAUUUUAAUUUCAUCGGUGUUCUUGUGGAUCUGAGUUCCAACUUCUUUGAAGGUCCAUUACCUCGUUCUGUUGCAAAUGUUGAGUAUCUGAGAUUAUCAAACAACUCAUUUUCAGGAUCUUUGCCUCAAGAUAUCCAUAUAACAAUGCCAAAACUCAAGGGAUUGUAUCUCUCGAUGAAUCAUUUAAGCGGGAAUAUCCCAUUGGAAUUAUGCCAGUCAAAAUACUUGGAGGAGCUUGAUGUCUCAAUGAAUUUAUUGAUUGGAGAAUUUCCUGACUGUUGGAAAGAUGAUGCAGCUUUGAAAGUAUUGGGUUUCUCAUUCAACAACUUGUCAGGAAAAAUUCCGUAUUCUGUAUUUUCUCUACCGCUCGUGUCACUGUCCUUGAACAAUAAUAAAUUUUCAGGAGAGAUUCCAAGUUCACUGCAGAUAUGCCUGCGCCUCCUAUAUCUUGAUCUCGGGCAUAACAAGCUGACUGGAAACAUACCGACUUGGCUCGGGGAUAAGCAACGCGGGUUGUUCACUCUCAUCCUACGGUCGAAUAUGUUUACAGGUAGUAUUCCUCCACAACUUUCACUUUUACAUCUUCGGAUUUUAGACCUUUCUGGCAACAAUCUCACCGGAACUAUACCUGAGAGUUUUGGUAACUUUAUUUCCAUGACGAUAAUUAUGACUGGCUUUUAUCUUGAGAACAUGUACUUCUCAUCAAGUAUGGAGCUCAUUGUGAAAAUCAAGUCACUUGUGUAUUAUAGAGACCUUCCUAGAAUAUGUGUCAUCGAUCUCUCUGAAAAUAAUUUACAUGGCAGCAUUCCUCAUGAACUAUCAAAUCUGAAGGGCUUGCAGGUCUUAAACCUAUCUGGAAAUCAUUUAACAGGAGAGAUUGCAUAUCAAAUCGGUUCGAUCACUAGCUUGGAGUCUCUAGACUUAUCAAGAAAUGACCUUCUAGGCGCAAUUCCCGCUAUAUUGUCGAACUUGAGUUUUCUCAGCUGGUUGAACUUAUCAUAUAACAAUCUCUCCGGGUUGAUACCAAGAGGGGGCCAACUAAGCACAUUCAACGAUCCAUACGUCUAUAUCGGCAAUGAAGGCUUAUGCGGGGUUCCUCUAUCCAAGAUGUGCACUGUGAAUGCAACAGAAACUCAUGUCGAUGCUGUCGGUUCUAGCGAAGAUGAAGAUUUGUGGUUUUACUUGGGUAUAAUUAGCGGUUUUGUCAUCGGCUCUUGGUCUGUCUGGGUGGUUUUUGUGUGGAAGAAGUCUUGGAAGAUUGCGUAUUUCUUGUUUGCCGAACAGAUCAUCAAUGGAAUUUAUGUUUCUAUUGCAGUAAAUCUUGCUCGGCUAAAGCGACGCGAAUAAUAUCAGUGUGGUAGUAUGACUAUACUUGUACUACGAUAUCGGCAUGUGUGGAUUGUAAAAUUCAAAUAAAGUGUGUAAAUAGUGCCGAGCAUGAAAUGUAUGUUGUAUUCCAUCAAAUAAAGUGUAUUUCAUA